AGCUCCGCUGUGGUGGGCGGGGACUUGUUACACGGAUAUCUCUUGUUUAAAAUGUCUCCUUAACAACCGAACUGGGAGUCAAACAGCAGAAGUUUUCGCUGGACAAACGCUUCGAGUCGGGAUGGCUGGGACUGGCGAGGGAAAGAAGGAAGAGGCCGACUACAAGAGACUGCACAGCUUCCCCCUCAUCAGGCACACAGACAUGCCAGAGGAAAUGAGAGUGGAGACAAUGGAGUUGUGUGUUACAGCUUGUGAAAAGUUUGCCACCAACAAUGAGAGUGCAGCAAAGAUGAUCAAGGAGUCCAUGGACAAGAAGUUCGGCAGCUCGUGGCACGUGGUGAUUGGUGAAGGUUUCGGCUUUGAGGUCACACAUGAAGUGAAGAAUCUGCUGUACAUGUUCUUUGGAGGGAGCUUGGCUGUGUGUGUGUGGAAAUGCUCGUAGCACCUCCUCGCUGUCCCUCCUCGCCUUCGACGUGGUCACUGGGCUGGGAUCGAACACCAGCUACCAGCCAGAUGCUGGGUACCUUCGCUCUUGGGGCAGGCUAGUUUGUCCACGCUACCAGCCGCUGCGGCAGAUAAUGGAGUUCUCGUCCAGUUUAUAAAUGUAGUUGGCAGGGAACACAGUUGAAAGGGAAUUUUGAGUGCGAUAGUCAAUUUGGCUGGUAGGCGUAAAAAUUGCAUCUUGCCUUGUCUGUCACUGUCCUCCUCCUCUUUGUUUCUAACUCUACAUCUAUCUCUGAAGCCCCGUCCAUCAACAACGUCCUGAACAUUUGUGAGCGUGCAUGUGCAAGGAAGUUCAACUUUUACAAAAAUUACAGCCAGCCAGGGUCUCCAAAGUCCUUUCUCCUCAUUCCUCUUCAGGGAGUGCGUGUGUGUGUGAGUGAGUUUAUAUGUUUGUGUGUGCUGGACACACACUGUUUUUUGAAAUGACAUCACGCUGUCACCUCCCUCAGCACUCUGAGCAGAACUUGUGCAACACUAAGCCGUCCAUGCCAUCAGUAACUUUUCACGUGUGUCUUUCUUGCUCCAACCGCACUAGUCUUUCAAUAAAAUUUGUAAUAUUUUUUAUGUGUACAUAUUUUGAUGCGACUUGAAAAACUUCUUUUUAAAGACCUGAGUCAUCUUCUUACAACUCUACGCUCAGAGUCUGCUGAGCAAAGCAACACUGAACCCGAUCCACCUUUUCUCCUUGUAAAGGUGUUUGUAAUAAUCCUUAUUGCACCGCUGGGUGAUAAUAGCAAUGUGAUUGUUUCAUGUUGAUGCCAGUUUUAAUGAUCCAGUGCAAUGGACCAUUAUGUGUGAACUGACCUGAUUGUACAAUAAACAGAAAUGUGGUGAAAUAGGAA